AUGAAGUCAUUGUUGUUUUUGAGUUUUAUAGCUGUUAUAUGUAUAUCAACAUGCCAUGCCAAGGACCUUAUUUUGGGGACCAGUUACAAUCAACACUUGAUUUCACAAAAGAGCAUGGAGUACAUGGCAAUUCCUUUCAAGAAGAGAGUGAAGGAAUUUUUCUAUUCAGAUCCUGGACAGAAAAUCAUUAAGGGAAUCGUCGUUAGAGAAAGUGAACAUACCCAGGCGGAACCGAUCGUGACAGCCGGAGGCAUAGGUUUCACCUACGUCAACAUUAGGUUCAAGAGCGAGCGAGGCAGCGGCUUAUAUUACCAAGUCGAAAUUUAUGUGUAG